AGAUUUUACAUUGCAAAACAAAAACAAAAUUCUGUCGUGAGAUCACUUUAUGUUUCUUUGAAAACAUAUACUCUAAUGAUUUUUGAGAAGAAAUUGCUACAGUCUGAAGAAGGAACAAAGAACGAGCGAUUUUCCUGCUCAGAAUCAUUAAAAAAGAAAAUGGUCUUGCGUUUAUUCGAACAAAUAUGAAUUGUUUUUUGAUGACGGGAGAGAACAUUUGGAGAACAGAGAAAAUAUGCGGGAAGCGUUUUCUGAUGCUGAAGAUUAUUUAGAUCAGGGACUUGUUUCUGCUGAUCGUUGUGCAAGCAGAACAUCUUCUAUAAGUUCCUGGUCUGAGAAUUUCAGGCCAUCUUUUACUGAAAAGCUAAAAUUCAAAUCUGUAAUGGAAGGAGAGCAAGCUAUUUUUAGAUGCAAACUUGUUGCCAGUCCUGCACCAAAGGUUGCAUGGUUUCAUAACAACAGACCUAUACAUAAAGAUUCAAGAAGGAUUAUUAAAAUAGAUAGCACGAUGCACAUUCACAACUCAAGUUUGGAAAUCAAUAAUGUAGAAGAGAAAGAUUCAGGAAGUUACAGAAUAUUUGCAAUAAACUCUGAGGGUUCAGCAGAAGCAACUGCGUCUUUACUUGUUGCCCUUAAAGAAGAGCAAAAUGCAAAUUAUAUCAGUUUUGUGAAAAGAUCAGAAAUGGCUCACAAGAGCAUAGACUGUUUAGUUAAAAAACGUAAUGCAAGACUUAGAGUUGAUCUCCGACAUGUUGGAUCUCCUUUUGAUAAGAAAUCUCAGGUUCCAGGAAUUUUGCAUAAACAGCCAAAUUCUAAAAGCAAACUGAUGCGUACAAUGUAUUUUGAAACAAUGCCAAUAAAACGUGAUCUGUUUAGUGAUGAUUCUGUAGAAAUGCAGUCAUCUAGGUUGUAUGGGAGGAUUCAUAGCAAGCAUAGCUUGAUUGAUGAAGACAUUAAAGUUAAAUUACAGCUUUUACGAGAAGCUAAAAGGAGGAAAAGGUUUUCUCUUGCAUUUUCUGAAGCAUCAUUUGACUUGGGAACAGCAUCCACUGAAGACAAUCUGAAGCACAAUUAUGCUGACCUAGACAGAGGGCGCAGCAGAAGCAUGGGGGACCUUGACCGCAUGGAUUUUGAUUGUUGUAAGCCUUAUUUUGUGCAAGGACAGGAAUUGUCAUCUGGUAAAUAUUUGCAGAGAGAAUAUCCUGAAUUUAAAUAUCGAAUGGAAUGGAUAUUAGGAUUUCCUUCACAUGAAGUAGAACCUCAGAGAGCCCCUGAAGACGAUGUUAUUGAGCAAUCUUGCAGAACAAAAGACAUACAUUCAGUAAAAGAGCAAGUUCUGAAAGAUAAUUUAAUUCAAGAGACAGAACAGUCACAGAAAAAUCAAUGCUGGUUAGAAGAACAAGAAACUGAUGAAUACUAUUUUCAAAAAGAAUAUGAUACAAGAAAAGAACUAGAGAGUGAACAUUGCGAAGAACCACAGGCACUUUCUGACCAAUGGUUUGGACCCACCUUUGGUAAGCAGAGGACUUUACUAACUAAAGGGAAGGAAAGUUUGCUCGAACCUUCCAAGGUUGAAGAAGCAACAUUACUUAAAGAAAUACCGCAAUCUGAAGACAGUGAUUGUACGGAAAUGCUAUGGAAGAAAGAAUUCCCAACAUUCACCAGAACACUGAUAAAACAAAUUCCUCUGCAAUUAAAGAAAUAUCCAAGUAAGUCCGACUUCAAGGAAGACCAUGACUUACUUUCUGAUAAGUGGUCUGAAAGUUUAAUGAAUAUGCAGAGUUCACUGGCAGAGGAGAUUGAAACUGACCAGUCAAUGGUUGAUUGUUCCAAACCAACUGAAGUCAAUGUAUCCAGGUUUGAUGAAAAAGCUGAGAUAAUGAGAGAAUGUACACAAAAGCCAAAGCUUUCUCCCUCAGAGGAAGAAGAAAUCACAACCACUUUCAGAGCAACAUUAGAAGAUAACACAUCAGGAGGAAGCAAAACAUGUCAAGUUGAAGUCAAAGAACAUCCGAAUGCAUUUCAAGACCAAAAGGCUGGGAAUGUCUCAGUAAAACAAGCAUCUGGAUUUGACCAUAUAAGCUUUGAUCAAAUGAAACCAGUAUCCAAGGAUAGUGCGAUAAGUAUCUCUAAAGUCCACCAUGAAGCCAUACAAUUUGAAGAUCAAGUUAAAGAUUAUACCCCUAUGAUGAUAUCCUCUAUUUUACCAGAGCAAAAAGCAACCUCAGGUUUUGUCAGUUCUUUGAUGAAAGAAAUACCAGAAGUAAAAGAUACUACUUACAAAUCUUGUGAUGAGACACCUCUGGGACAACAGCCUGAGAGAUUCAUCCAAGUACAGAGAGAUUUACCAACUCAGAGACCUGAGAGCCAUCAUAAAAUAUCUGAUCAAUCUGAAUCAUCAGUUAGCCAGGCAGAGAUAAUUGGCACAUCCCAAAUCAGGCAAGAUAAAACACAGGAUGAAGGACAGUUUAUAUUUUCCAUCCAUUCUUUGAGACAUUCUCCCUUGACAGCAAAAACCAGAGAGAGUGCAACGUUUGCCAGAACAGUGAUAAAACAAACGUCAAUGGAAACAAAAGACUUGCCAAAUGAAUUUGAUGUUAAAGAAGAAAGUGAGCCAAUUUCUAAUAAAAGGCUUGAAAACAUUAUUCAUGCAGAGGAAGGCACUCUGGCAGUAACAUCUGAAGAUAUCCUUGCAAUCCAAAUGCCUGAUCAAUUUAGAUCAACAGAAAAACAUACAGAGGUGAUUGGUGCAUCUAAACUUAGCCAAAAAGAACAGUAUGAAAACCAGGUUAAAGACUUCACUUCAACACUGAACCCUUGUAAAUUUAACAAAGAAGAGCACGCAACAUUUGUCAGUUCAUCAACAAGUGAAACAGCAGUCGAAACAAAAGAAUUUUGUUAUGAAUCUGAAGUUGAGGAGAGUGGCACAAAACCUCCAGAUCAAUUUUUUGGAGAUUUUGUUAGCACGAAGAGAGAGUUUGGAACAGAGCUAUCCCCAGCUGCCUAUCCAGCAACUGACAGAGAUUUUGUAGCAGAAAUAUCUAAAGAUGUCCAUAUUGUACCCGACAGAGAUUUUGUGGCAGAGAUAUCUGAAGACAUCCAUGGAAUUCCAACUCGGGAUUUUGUAACAGAAACAUCUGCAGCUGCCUAUAUUGUGCACAACAAAGAUCUUCUGGCAGAAAUAUCUAAAGAUGUCCAUCCUGCAGCCGACAGAGGUUAUGUAACAAUAACGUCUAAAGAUGUCCAUACAGUACCCGAUAGUGAUUUUGUAACAGAAGUAUCUAAAGAUGUACAUAUUGUACCUGAAAGAGAUUUUGACACAGAAAUAUCUAAAGAUGUCCAUACAAUACCUGACAAAGAUUUUGCAACAGAAAUAUCACAAGAUGUCCAUGUUGCACCUGACAGAGAUUUUGUAACAGAAAUAUCCAAAGAAGUCCAUACAGUACCCGAUAGAGAUUUCGAAACAGAAAUAUCUAAAGAUGUCCAUAAGAUACCUGACAGAGAUUUUGUAACAAAAAUAUUAGCAGAUGCCCCUCCUGCACCCACCCAAGAUUUUGUAACAGAAAAAUCUAAAGAUGUCCAUAUUGUACCUGAAAGAGAUUUUGAAACAGAAAUAUCUAAAGAUGUCCAUACGAUACCUGACAGAGAUUUUGUAAGAGAAACAUCACAAGAUGUCCGUGUUGCAUCUGACAGAGAUUUUGUAACAGAAAUAUCCAAAGAAGUCCAUACAGUACCCGAUAGAGAUUUUGAAACAGAAAUACCUAAAGAUUUCCAUAAGAUACCUGACAGAGAUUUUGUAACAAAAAUAUUAGCAGAUGCCCAUCCUGCACCCACCCAAGAUUUUGUAACAGAAAAGUCUAAAGAUGUUCAUAUUGUACCUGAAAGAGAUUGUGAAACAAAAAUAACUGAAGAUGUCCAAACAAUACGUGACAGAGAUUUUGUAAGAGAAAUAUCUGCAGAUGUCCAUGCUGCGCCUGACAUUGAUUUUGUAACAGAAGUAUCUAAAGAUGCCCAAGCUGUGCCUGAAAGGUCAAAACCAAUGGUAAAACAAAUAGAGAUAACCACCUUUUCUAAAGUCUCCCCAGAGUUACAACCUGCAGAUACAAUAAUAAGCACUGUUCAAGUAGUACAUCCUUCUUUGCCAGAUGACAAACUUGAGCCAACCUCUUUUAGUUCAUUGAUAAGCGAAACAGCAAUAGAUACAAAAGAACCUGGAUAUGGAUUUGAACUUAUGAAAGAACAUGAAGCAGCUUUUGACCAGCAGUGUGCAGAUUUUGAGCAUGUACAAAAGGAUGAGCAGUUAGGGAAACCUGAAGAAGGUCAUGACGUACAUGAGCAACCCAAAUUGGCAGAAAAUCACAUUGAAAUAAUAAGUGUAGCUAAAAUCAGACAGAAAGAGCUACAAUAUGAAGCAAAAAUUGUAAGUUCCCCCUGGAUGGUAAUGCCUUCUCCUUUACCAGAGGAAAUGAAAACUUUAACUUACGUCAGUGCUUUGAAAAAGCCAUCUCCAAUUGGUAAAAUGGGAUCAGCCGACAAAGCAGAAUUUAGGGAAAGCCAUGAAACAUCUCUUGACAGUGCUACCAGAAUGCACAAAGACUUCCUGAAAAAAAAUCAAGAACACAGCCGUGGAACAUCUGAUCAAUCAACAGAUGGAGAAACAGCAAUGAUUAGCACAUCUGAAAGUAGCCAGAAAGAAUUGCAACAAAAAUGGAGAUUUAAAACUAACAUCCAGACAGCAAAAACGCCUUCCUUAACUGAGGAAAACAAAACAUCAGGUUUCAUCAGUUCGUUCAUGGAAGACACACCAACAGAAGUACCAAGCAGCCAAUAUGAAUUUGUAGCUACAAAAACGCAUCUGAAACAAGAGACUCCUGCAGUCAAACAUUGCCCACCUACGUUUUUCCAUCAUAUUGCAAGUUCUGAAAUUAAGCAAGGAGAAUCGUGUGUGCUUGAGUGCCAGUUUAAUGGGCACCCACUACCGACUGUAGUUUGGUACAAGGAUGAACGCCCAAUUUCUCGAAAUAGGGACUAUCAUAUUCACUCCACAGAAAACAGCUCUACAUUGAGUAUUGGGUGCACUUGCAAAGAACAUGAAGGAGCAUAUGCAUGUGUAGUAUUCAACCAAUAUGGGACUGCAUCUACAUUUGGGACCCUUAUAAUACAAGAACCAGAACCAAAGUUGUUUGAAGAGUCUUCAGAAAGGUUUGAUAUACAUGUGACGGAGGCACCGGAGAACGAGACUGUUGAAGAUCAUGUUGAUCAGCUGACUGAAAACGAGAUGGAGUCAUAUUUUCCAGAUUUUGCUGUAACAAGAUCCACCUUACAAUUACCAAAAGUUUCAGCACCCCAGUCAUGUCCCAGAGAUUUCUCUUUACUUCCUUCCCCUGUUGAAAUUAAAAUAACUGCUCCAACCCCAACACCAGAGCAAGAUGAGGAACGUAAAGAGUUACUGCAAGAAGAUGAAAUUGAUUCCAAGGAUUCAUCUCAGGAACCGCUUUCACAGACUGCAAAGCAUAAAUUUACUUUCUCUUUUGACGUAAUUUCUGAACCGCCACAGGUUGUGAAAGAACUAGAUAGGAUUUGUUGUGCAGAAGGAGAAUCCGUGAUGUUUGAAUGUUUAAUUUCUGGAGAUCCACCACCUGUAGUUUCAUGGAUCCAAAAUGACAGAGUUUUAACUGACGAUAAUAGCAAGCACCGAUUUGAAGAGAGUGGAGGCAAAUAUAGAUUGUACAUUGAUACUGUCUCAGCAUCUGAUAUGGGGAACUAUAAGUGCAUUGCUAAAAAUAAAGCAGGAGAAGUACAGAGUAUAUCGAGUCUUACAGUACAGCCUGUAGUGCAUAGUUUUAUUUGCCAUUUGAAGGAUACUGAGUCAUCUGACGAGGAAGCAGAGUUGUCAGUUAGCCGUUUUCUAUUUAAUCUAAGUAAAACAGGACAGGUUGAAGACAUUGAGCAGCAAAAGCAAUUAUCAGUACAGGAAGGACACGGGGAUGCUUCUCUUUUAUUUAGCAUUGAAGAAAAAGCAUUUAAUUUUAUUCCUGAACGUGAAGGUUCUGUGCCUUGCAUUGGCGAUGAAUUUUCAAGUAAAGUUUCAUCUUUAAGGGAAGGGAACAAUAAAGCAAUACUGAGCUCAUUGAAUUCCUUUUCUGGUGAAGUUUCAUCUUUAAGGGAGGGGGAUGAUAAAAAAUUCACAGAAUCAGCAAUGCCUUUUGGUGAAUUUUCAAGCAAAUGCUCAUCUUCAGUGAAGGCUAGUAAUAACAUUGCUGCAGACUUUGAACUGAUAGAUAAAAACGUUUCAAAUAAAACAGUAGAAGAGACAUGUUCUAUCAGCGAAUAUUUACGGUCUUUUGAUGCAAACCAGGAGUUAUCUGAAGACUGGAAAAAGGGAAAGGAAAUAGAACGCAAUGGAGACAAAUGUGCCUCGGAAGGUGAAAUGUACGAGGAUAGCGUAUUUUCAGAAAGUGUAAUUCAGCAAGUUGUUAAAAGUAAUGAGGCAGAAACAACAGAAAAUGUGUCCAAGAUGGAGUUAAGUGGUAACUUAGCAUCUCCUAAACCUGAUUAUGACGUUAGUGUAGAUCCAAUAGGAACAACCACGAAUAAUGAUGAGGGGGUUGAAAAUGAGGGGGUUUCAAUUGCACAGUAUCUCCUUUCCACAAGACAGGAAGAAGCACAGAUUCACGAAGAGGCAAAUAAUGAGACAUUUGGCUACGAUGAAUCUGGAAUAACUUCGAUGGAGGUUGAGGAAGUAACAUUUGCUGCUGUUUAUGACUACUAUAAUCAAAAUGAAGAGUGGACACGGUCUCUUUCUCCGGAAUCUGAAAUGUCGAUUGAAAUUAGCAGUACAAUUAGUGAUGAUGUUUCAGAGAAUGAAAGAUUUUAUACACCACCUUUGGCUUCUGAAAACUACCGAUCUGCUGUGUCUGCAGAGGCUUUCCAUACCCCACCUCAGUCUCCUGGCUAUGCCACUCCUCCAGAAAUAUUGCCUUCACUUAAUGCGGGUCGAUCUUCUUGUGCUUUAUUAGAGAGGUUUCAUACACCUCCUGAAUUUUUCAGAACUCCAAUAGACGAGGGUAUUGAAACAACUCCUCUUGAGUCUGUAAGUUUUUGUACUGAAGAGCAAAGAUCAGAGUUAUUUUCCACACCACCGCAGGAAACUGAAGCAAAAGGAAAUGAAAUGCCACCUGCAUUUAUCAAACCUCUUGUUAGAAAAAGAAUUCACGAAGGAGGCACACUUACAUUUAUCAUUGAGGUAAUUGGUUGCCCAACUCCAAAUGUUAAGUGGUAUAGAAAAAGGUCAUUAUUAGAGCCAAACCAUAGAACUAGACUUGAGAGAGAGGGAGGUUUGUGUUUAUUGGUAAUCCAUAGUAUUCAGAGAGAAGAUGAAGGAGAAUACACUUGCAGUGCUGUCAACCUCAUAGGGGAAGCCAAAAGUGUUACUCAGGUAGAUGUUUUACCUCAGGAUGGAAGGUCAAUUGCAUUGCCACCCCCAGUGACUCAUCAACAUGUUAUAGAGUUUGAUGUGCAGCAAGGCCAAACAUCAAGGUCUCCUUCACCUCAAGAAAUUCUACUGGAAGUUGAACUUGAUGAACAUGAAGUGAAAGAAUUUGAAAAACAGAUAAAGAUUGUUACAAUUCCCGAAUUCACUCCUGACAAUAAAAACAUGGUUAUCUCCCUGGAUGUUCUUCCUUUGAUGAUGUCUGAUGAACAUAACGUUGACUUCUUAACAAAAGAUAAUGAAGAUGUGAGAAUUGACUUUGAAGUCACGGAAAUGCCCCCACGAUUUAUUAGCCAUAUUUUUGACUUCGAGAUUCCAGAAAACACUGAUGCAGUCUUUGAAUGCUCUGUAACAGGUAUUCCUAAACCUGAGGUAAUUUGGUUCAGAGAUGAUUCACUUAUAACAUUCGACGGCAAGAAAUACAUUAGAACAGAUAGCCCUAAUCAUAGUCUUAAAAUAACCAAUGUUUGCCCUUCUGACAGUGGCACAUACACUUGCAAAACAGCGAAUAGUGUUGGAGAAACAACAUGUAGAGGCUAUCUUACAGUGACAAAUCCAUGUAUGGCACUUACAAAAGCAGGUGGUAGAGCAGUUGCUGCUGUAUCAUUGGCUCGUGCUCAGGAAUGUCCCCAGGAGUUAGAUGUUGAUAUUGGUAAUCCUUUACUGCAGAGCAAUCAGGGUUCUGAAAUCGAGGUUGAGUUUGACAUUGAACAGGGUAGAGAUGAUUCUCAGAAAUCAGUGAAACUCAUAGCAUUGACAGAGAAUGCAAAUGAAGAAAAAGGAGAGAAAAGUGUGAACAUUAGUUUUGACGUAUUUGCUGAGCCUGCCAAGGAGGAGACUAUUCAAUUUAAGGGAGAAGCUUCUGAAAACUGUUCAUUUGAAUUUCAAGUGACAGAAACUCCUCCAAGAUUUGUAAUAUCCCUCCUUGACUGUAUCACCAGCAUUGGGAGCAUGGCAUCUUUUCAGUGUUUUGUGACUGGUACUCCAAAACCCAAUGUAAUAUGGUGUAUGAAUGACCAAGUACUUGAAGAGGGCAACCACAUCAUUGAGGAAAAAGACUCUGGGCAUCAUUAUUUGAACAUUGCAAAUGUUACAGAAAGUGAUGCUGGAGUAUAUAAAUGCAAAGCUGUUAACAAAGCUGGGGAAGCAGUUUCAGAAGCAGUUUUAAAAGUAUUAUAUUUGUAAAAUAGUACUUUCUGAGUGUCUUGUGACAGUUUGAAUAAUAAAAAAAUGAUUUUUUGUUUUAGAUUUGUGGUAAAUUUAUGAAUUUGCUCAUUUCAAACAUGAAAAUUGAAUUGGUCUUACUGAACGGAACAUUUAUAUCUUCUUAUUUGAUGUUCCUGAAAAGAUGGGUCAUUUAUAGUGGAUGUAUGUUGAUUUGAAGCAAUUUUACUCUGCAGUGGUUUCUCAGUAGUGGAGCUUUAGUUUUAUUAAGAUUGACGUAUUAGCUGAAAGACAGCUAUUGCAAAAAUAGUGAUUGUUUGGACUAGGAAUUUAAAAUGGCCUGGCUGAGGUCAAACAUAGGUUUAUGAUAAAUAUUGAUAUCUUAAGAAGUUUUAUAUCUAGCAGGUUAACCAAGACUGGCUUGAUAGGCAUAUUUAUACUGAAAACAUAAUGUCCUAUCUAUGCAAGAGGUUAUGCUAAAGGCCAAACCUGUUGAAUUAGUAUAAUAACUUCAAAGUAAACUUAAUGAUAGUCCUCAACCUGCUUGUAAUUAAUAUUUUGCCUUCCUAAUAUGUCACCUUUUGAUUAUGACUUCCCCAGUUAAUUGUAUUAUCUGUUUUCAAAGACACCGUCCAAGCUCCUCUAAAAUUAUUGUAGUGAUACAGGAAAAUUCUGUCAUUUUGAAUUCCUUUCUUUUAUCCCAAUACCCAGCUUCUACAUGAAGCUGUACCUGACAACUCAGUUGAGUUGCACAGUUCUCUAUAUGCAGAGGCCCAGGAACUAAUGUCAACAGAGGUCUGCAUUCAAACACAGAUUCUUCAGUGAUAGUUACUAGGAAUAAUGCUUUUUGGAGCUAUUUACUUCAUAAUGCAUGCUAGUUUUUCAUUGAAAGAUUAAUCAAGAUAUUGAAACUCUUUAAAGAGAGUAUUUAUCCCAGUUGGUAUACAACCACUGAUUAUUUUUGUUAACAUUUAACCUAACUGAAACAGUGAACUGACAUACAAAGAUUAUUAACUCUUUGAAUGCUAUAAUUCUUCACUGUGCAAUUAUUUCUCGGUGCAUGUUGGCUGGAAAAUUUAAUUAAGAGGAAAUACAGAGUGAAAAAAUAUUUUCCAGACCCUACUUUGUAAUUUUCAGAAGUAAAUAUAUAGUUUGACAGUAGUACUGAGUAUAUUGCAGAGUCCUCUUGAUGCAAAGUGCAUUUAACAAAUUGACACUCAAGACUAGCUCACACAAGCAGCUCAAGUUGUUAAGUUACAAAACCAUGUAGCUGAAAUGUUUAGAGUUGUCUUUUCCUGCUUGGUAUCAUAACCAAUUUGGACAAAGAUGCAAGUUAGGAAAUGUUUUAGUUUAGGCUAGAAAUUCAUAUGAGUGAUCCUAGAGUAAAUGUACUAAAUACACUCAUAUGACAUUCCUCUGGCCAAUUUUUUAAUUAGGGUCAUUAAUCCCAAUUAUUUACUGCUGCAGCGCCACAGUGAAAAUCCCCUGAGCAAAGUCAGACAAGUGUUUUAAACAAUUAUUUAUGCACAUCACAAACAUCAAUUUCUUUCCUAAUAUUUUACUGUUGUCAAAUUGGUGCUGAUAAUUUUGAACUGUGUGAAAUUGUCAUCUCUGGAAACUGCCUAAUACUUUGGAAGGAAGGCAAAGCUGAGGGAUUGUGAUAGAGGAAGCUGAAAAUGAUACCAGUUGUCGUAUGAAGGACCAGGACACAUACUUGUAUGAUUAUCAGUCACAGUUCUUGAAUGGAUAUAAUAGGACAAGAACUGUUGCAGUAGACAUGACAGAAUUGUUCUGCUGGUUAUAAUUCAGAGGAUUUUUUUUGUAAGUUGACUUCAUUUAUUAUAUGCUUCUGUUUUUAUUCAUUCUUUGCUUAUUUACUUCUAGAUCCCUCUUGUAUUUACUGUUUUUCAGCAAAUGUAGAGGAGAAGUAUCUGGUCCCAGAAUCUUUUAACCAGAAAGCAUAUAAAGCCCACUCAACUCUUUUCAUAAAUUUCUUAUCUUUUGAAUCAGAACAUCCUUGGCAUUCCUCAGUCGUCUUAUUUUAUCUUUUUCAAUUGAGCUCAGAAACUUGUAUUGGGAAUUCCCAUGUAGAAACCACAUCAUGUGACGUAGUUCAUUGGAGCACCUAUGUGCUACAUCAGCGCACAGGUUGGACAUUCAAAAUUUGGUCUAUUUAUUGUGCGUUUGUUAUUCUAUUGUUAAUUUUAAUGGUGUUGCUUGGAGGCCAGGAGGACUUGAGAGAUUGUUCAGGUUCAGGAUUAAGGGUACACUUGACAGAGGUGCAGAACUUACUAAUGUGUAUUACUACAGCUGCUUCUGGAUGAAGUAGUCUGUGUGACACAAUAGAUCUUGAUGUAGUGCUGAGAAAGAUUAUCUAGUCUGUCAGGUAAAUCUUUUGAGCAGUUUCCAUAAUUAUGGAAGCAGAGUAAUAAGAACAUAGAUUCGUUGUGUCCAGAGAUUACCACCAUGACACAAUAUGGAUGAUUUCAGAGUUAUUGUAAAGCUACAAAGGAAACUGAGUUCUGUAGUGAGUUUGCAAAUAAUCAUGUUCUAUGUUUGUGGAUCAUAAUUUUGAUUAUCACUAGCAUUUUGUUAUUUGCUUUCUAAUUUGUUAAUUAUGCAUUAAAAAUAUAUAAUUUCCAUUGUAAUCAAUGUUUAAUAUUCGUCCAACAUGUGUAAAUUGGUUGGUUAUGAAGAAUAACUUUAGCGGUUUGAAUGCUACAAAUUCCAAUUCUUUUUUCAAAAUCAUAUCCUUCAUGCCAUAAACAUAAAUUAAUAUUUUGGUCACUAUGUUUAUCAGUUAUGUUCUCACAAGUGCAACUAUCUAGUUGUGUGAAAACAUAAAUUGUCUUCUAUGAUUUACUUGCCCCAUUUGACAUGAUGUAAGACAUGAUGUUUGGAAAAAGGGGUUAGACUUCCAUCUUUUAUGAGAAGUUGCUUAACACAGACAUCUUUCAUUCCUUGUACAGGUUUCUGUUGCUGUAUACUGUGAAUAUAUCAUGUUCUGCUGCUGCAGCGAGUAGUGAAUGAUAGUACUUCUGGUUUUAUUUUCAAGUAAUAAUACAAUUGAUACAUAAGGCAUAGUUUCUUUCACUUAUCUCUUAAAAAAAUGAUCUAAUCCAAAGAUGUGGUUCCACAGGUAGUAAAGGUCAUUUCACAGUGGUCUGUGAAUGUUGGUAAAUUAUUUGAGUGUGGAACCAACAUGAUAAAUGUUAUCCUGCACUUAAGUGAUGUCCACAAAAGCUAGGCUGAAUUUGCCAUGCCCUGAGUGAUGACAAGAGGUGACGAAAUAGGUGAGGUUAACUGGUAAAGUAGCAGGGAGUUAUGUUAGCAUGACUCUCUUUAUUUGUCCUGCUGCUAGGAAAGUUUUCCAUUGGCAGGGCUGCAGAAUGGGUUACUAGCUACUCCAUGGAAGAAGAUGCUCAAUGACAUAAUUUAAGGGCUCAAUUGUGAACUAAUUUAUGGAUCUGCCAGCAUGUAUUGUGCCUCUUUCAUGGGUCCACCAGCUUCAUGGAGAUGGCUCUACUGAAUUAGCAUGAUAGUGAGGCAGAUGCAUCAUAGCCAGAGGAGCAAUGCCCCAGAAGGAUUGAAAGACAACCUUCAUGUACCCAAAGAUCCAUUGAGGAGUUUUCUCUGCGAUUGUUGUGGCCUGUCUCCCUCAGCCAUCCAGAAUUUUAGUUUUCACUUGAGGGUAUGAGGUUCCUGUAUAUUCAGGGGUCUUAUUGUCCCUCAGCAGUAUUGGCCCCACACAGCGUAUUGUUGGGACUUCAGGCCUGAUAGUCUAAUGGCCUGGCAGCAUCAGGAAACUGGCCACCCACUAUUCGUAAUUGGAUGGUGGACCCUCAAGUACAGCCAAUUGAAAGAUUGCCAUCAGUAAAAAUCACUGAACCAGUGAUCUUUGCAAGUGGGUUUCACCCUGAAGUUAGGGUCCCAAAGACAACCAUAAAAUUCAGCCUUACGUUCCAUAUGGAUUGCUGGACAGUGAUCACGAACAGGAGCUCCUGAUUUUCUUUUCCUAUUGCCUGAGGAUGUUAAAGCCAAUGUCAGGACAUCAUUGCCACUAAGUUAAGAGGAGAUUAGCAGGGAUCAGGUUUAGAGUGGAAUGGUGCUGCAGAAGUGUUGCAUCUAUCCUCCGAGCCACUGGACCAGGCCCUAGCUUAUUAAGUUGCUUUUAAAACAUAUGAACCAAGGUUCAUGAUUGGUUUGACAACAUUGGGCUUCCAAAUGAUUAACAGGGUUUACAAAUGAUAUCUGGGUUAUUUUUCAGUCUGAAACUUGGCAGUCUAUGAAACUUUUUGUUUUGAUAGUGUUGUUAAUAAAGUAAAAGUAGCCAGACAUUUUUAUUUCGGCUUGCUUAUGAUACAAAUA